AUGAUUAAAUCAUUGAGUGGUUCAUCAGCUGCGCUAGCCAUAUUGCCAUUCAGAGGAGUCGACAAGCCGCUGAUUAAACUCACAAAAAUACACUUCACGCUCGAAAUUAGACCGAGGAAAGGAUUUGGCUGAAUCGUAGAAGAUUUCUAGAUAUUGAUUUGUAUUUUUAAAUUAUUUCUGUUUCAAAAUGACUGACACAAGUCCAGCAUACACGCCCUUUUUUGGUGUAAUGGGAGCCACAUCGGCGAUGGUAUUCAGUGCCCUCGGAGCAGCCUAUGGCACGGCAAAGAGUGGUACCGGAGUGGCCGCCAUGAGUGUGAUGAGGCCGGAGCUUAUCAUGAAGUCUAUCAUCCCUGUUGUUAUGGCUGGUAUCGUCGGUAUCUAUGGUCUGGUUGUUGCUGCUGUCAUUGCCAAUGGAAUCCCUUCAGAUGCAGGUGCUUACACACUAUACAAGAGUUUUAUGCACUUGGGUGCCGGUCUUAGCGUCGGAUUGAGUGGACUUGCUGCUGGCUUUGCUAUUGGAAUAGUAGGAGACGCGGGUGUAAGAGGUACAGCGCAACAACCAAGGCUCUUUGUAGGAAUGAUCAUCAUCCUUAUCUUUGCAGAAGUUCUAGGUCUAUACGGUCUGAUUGUGGCCCUGGUGUUGUCAACAAAAUAGACCACCCCCCUAAAAAAUGUAAUAGUAAUUAUUUGAAUGAUUAGGUAUGAUUGGGCCCCCGUUUAUAUCUCCGUUGAUGUAGUGUGUCAAUCAAUGUGGUCCCCAAUUUAUUUGGGUCUGCUUAUGAUGUCAAAGGAACAUGGAAACUCCCAUUGCAAUGAACGUGAAUUAGUAUUCAAUUGUAAUCUAAUCAGGAUUUAGACAGAUCUUUGGUUCUUGGGUUUAUUCUGUUAUUAAUUCAGUAGGUGAAAUGUGCAUUUCUUCUCUUUUUUCCCAAUCGAAAGGAAUAAUUGAGAGAAAUGUUGUACAUUGAUUAAACUUGAUCCUCUAUUAAUAAACAAUCUCCUUUCUUUAAUUUUUCCCCAAGCAAUAUUAAAUGUUAGUGGUCUUUACAGUGAAACAUAGUAAUUGAUCGCCUGUGACAUUGUAGUUUAUGUUGGUUUAUUGUUAUUAUUAACAUUAUUAACAUAGGUAUAUUUUUCAUGCAAGCUUGCUUGAAAAAUACCACUGAUGUCCGUUGUCAAUAGUCAAGGGUUAAUGUGCAAAACAAUUCUUUCAUAUAAUCUUUGGAAAAUGGUGAAAUUUGUUUUAUAUGGGAUUCUUUGUUAAUGUUUAGUUUGUCAAGCUUAGAGUGAAGUACUAGUUAUAUAUAUUUCCAAUCACUGUAUAUUGGAUUGAUAGACUCUUUAUUAUGUGAUUCAAAUGUGUUUUGUUGAAUAAUGUUUUAGUAAUGUAAAUUCAUGCUAGUCCUAAAACAAACAACACCAAACUAAUACAAGAACAAUUCAUUACUAGUACAUGUAAUUGAUUUUGCAAAAUCAUAUGAUAUCAACAACACCAAAAUUAAGUUUUAUAUGUGUACUAACUUACACGUACAUUUAUAAUUUUUUCAUAAACUUUCAUUCUAAUCUCUGUUUCUCCAGCAUUGAUUAUCUAUCAUGCUUUACAUUGAUUGUGAGUUGCUACUUGAAUACUAGAAAGAAUUUAUUAAACUUAAUUGUAAAGAUUUGAGUUGACCAUAUUUCAUCCGCAUGAUUACUGGUAUUAUUGAAUACCGAGUCCAGGGUGAAAUUUCAAUUUGUUUUGUGACGCAAAAAUCUAUACACACAGUGAGGACACUAAAUUGUGUAAAUAAUGUACUUUCGGACCUUGUAUGUAUUCAUAUGUACAAGACCUUUUAAGGAACCUUAUCAAAUUUAUGAUGCAAGUAUUUUUUCGCAAUCUGCACAUUGAUGGCAAUUGCCACUGCCAAAUUAUGUAAAAUAUCAGACACAUCUCUUCCUUCUACCUAAUUUUUUCAUUUUAUCAGUUAGAUGCAUUUGUAUAUAAACACAUAUAUUCUGAAAGAGACUGGUUUGUCCAGAUCAAGACUUAUUUCAUUUUCCACCUAGGUUAUAGUGCAUUCUAGGUUACCAAAGUUAUAGAUAUAUCUGGGAUAAACGAUGUGAAAAGCAUGUACAUUGAAACUUUUUAAUAUCUAUGAAGUUUGACUUUCUGAUGUGGGCUGUUGAAACGUAUCUCAAAAUGCAUUUUUGAUGGAUAAUCUCAGAAAAUACUGUGUUCUUGAAUUAUGGCAACCUCAUGGUGCCUGUAAACAGUCUCCUUAUUCCUAUAGAGAGAGCUCUUUUGAAGCAAAAGAAAGUUGUCACCUAUUUUCUGAGCUCUCCUCAAAAGUUGUUGAAUUUGGAGAGAAGUUUUAACAGCCCACCAACAAAAUAAUUUGUUGUGUAUGAAUGCAUGAUGUGGUAUCUCUGGGUUUGAGCAAUACAGUAGGAAGAAACUAGAAAGUAAUCUUUAGUCAAAUAGCAACUUUUCAGCAAAAGAAAAUUGAAACGGGUAAUGAGGGGUUUCCAAAUAUUCUUGUAAGAAAGUGGCAGUCAUACUUCUGUUUCCACUAAAUAAAGGCAUUAACUGACUGGUACCAGAGACUUGUGGGGUGUUUCACAAAGAUUUAAGUAUGACUUCAAGUCGUACUUAAAUGCCACCGCGUACAAUAAAACGCGCAAUCUUAUCAAUAUGCAGUAGUGUGCAUCCUCUUGGCAUGAUCUGACCAAUGCGCUCAUGCCUUUGCGCAACUAGGCAUUUAAGUGCGACUCUAAGUCAUACUUAAAUCUUUGUAAAGCACCCCCAGGCUAAUACAGGACUUUUGUAAAAUGUACAUUAUUUUAAGUUGAGAUAAGAAAGUAACAUACAUGUAUGUGGGUUGAUGAAGUCAUUUUCCCCAUUAAGCAAUAUGUCUUGUAAAAACAAUGAGAAUGAAUUGAUGUUGUCUGGAAGGCUGAAAGACGACAAGGUAAUCAGUACUGUAUUGACUUCACACUCUUUUCCAGCAUUCUUUCGAAUUCUUCCUCUGAUAAUAGCAUGCAGUAUGAUAUAAGAGCUUCUCCCAAGAAUAGACACAUUUGCAUGAUUAAGAAUGCCAUAUUAUUUGACAAAUUGUGUAAGAUAUUGUAAUUUAUUAUUACAUGUAGCACCAAAUAAUUAUGAUCUGUCAUUUUAAUCCAUAAGUGUACAAAUUGUUCAUUGCACUCAAUGUGUGCAGUUAUAAAUCAUUCCAUUUCUUGAGUGGAAAGCAUGUUUAAAUGUAAAAGGAAAGCUAUUCUGUGUCUGUGUACGUGUACUAUAAAGAGUGAGUAGUUAACAAAAUGAACAGUUACACUGUUAAAUACCGACAUGAAAAAAAAGUAUUUGUUUUGGGGGUGAAAUAGUUUCAUAUUUAGAAAUGUUAUCCAGCAUUGACAAAAUCCUUUAUAUUGUUAGUGUAUGAAAAAAAGAUAUUAUAUAUCAUUAAAUAUAUGUAUUAAUGAAUGUA